AUGCUUCCGGAUUGCUUCAUCGAGAAGCAGGACGCGGGGAUGGCGUCUUUCGCCCAGUCCAAAAUGAUGAGAAUCCAGAUCGAUGAAAUUAAGGCCAAGCAAGCAAACGGCGAGAAACCUGCAGCGGGUGCCGCUUCAAACACGACCAUUUUUGACUCGAUGCUCGUCAGCCGCCUGCCCGACUCUGAAAGGGAAACCGAGCGUCUAACAGUCAACCUCUGGUCUGUGAUAAGCGAAACUCACCCUUGCGGGUUGGUUUUUCUCGACCGGUUAUACUACAAAUCUUUACAGUUGAAUCGAUUGGUGCGGGAGUCGAAUCGAGUUCGCCCUGACAAGACCCAGAUUAUGUCGUCGGUUCGGUUCGGAUGUAUAUGGGGAGCACACUUUCCCCAUCCAUCUUGCCGUUCGUUCGGAGUCUGCACGCGACUGCAAAGAUUCUGUUCAGAUGAGGUCCUGACUUACGACGACGGAGAGACUCAGUGGAAGGUACCACCGAAUGUACCAGUCUGCAUGUCAUGCAGCCUGAUCCAUCUCGACCCUUCCAUCUUUCCAGUGCCGUUCGAGUUUGCGCCUGAGCGCCGGCUUGCAGACCCGCAGCACCUGAGCCGGGACCUGUGCUCGUUCUCCAAAGGGUCGCGACAGUGCGUCGGCAUCAACAUGGCGUACGCGCAGCUGCACCUCUGCGUCGCAGACAUCUUCCGCCGCUGCGGCGGCCCCAGCGAUCCCGGCGCGCUGGGGUAUUUCGAGCUCUUCGACACGACGAGCGACGACGUCGAGAUCAGACAUGACCUAUCCGUGCCGUUUCCGAAGCAAGGCUUCAAGGGGGCUGAGGGUGCUCCUUGA